GAACACAACUCUGACCUCUUUAUCUCGUAAUUUAACGUCUGAAAUUCAUCAGAUCGUCGUCCUCUGGAGACUAAAACAGUCAUAACAGAAUAGAGUUAUUAUGUUUGGCGAGGGAUUAUUAAUCACUAGGUAAAUUUCACUUGUAUCAGGAGUAUAAAGGACUGCGCAACGAAUUAUUCUGUUUUGUGGGGCUUGGCUAGGCGUGCUGUUACGAUUCUGCGAGUUUAUUGGGGCGUAAUUCAAGUUGUUUGACAGUAAUUGAUGGGCCAUUCAUUCUAAGAUGCGUCUCGCCUGUGUUUUUGCUAUAAUUAUCUGUGUAAUGCUGAUGACUGAAAUUGGUUCAGCCAAGAAGGAGUAUAAAAAGAAGAAGCGAGAUGUAGAGAGCUAUGAUUCCAGGGGCGACGAAAAGCCGUCGAAGAAAGCCAAAGUGAAGGUGAAUGAAAAAAAGAAAAAUGAAAAUCAGAAACAAGCGCCGGUGGACAAUAUUCCGGAAGAUGAAGAGAAUGGCGACGAACUAGAUUCGAAUAAUGAUGAGGAUCAAGCUGUUGACGAACGUGACGUCGAUAAGAUCCAAAAGUCUAGCAAAAAACAAAAGAAAUCUAAGAAGAAUAAACAGUCAACUGAGACUCCUGACGACGUGUCUGAUGAUGACGAUGAAGAACCUCCAGCACGUGAGAAGGAGGGUUCAUUAAAGCCUUCGAAGAAAAAAAGCAAGAAAUCCAGGUCCUCUGAGGACGAAGAUUCAGUGGAAAGUGAAGAGAGGAAGCCCAAGAAGCAGAAAUCCCCCAAGAAAAAUACAAAGAAGCAGAAAAGGAGUGAAAAUGAUGUAGAGGAAAAUGAAUCUUCGAGGGAAAAUGAGAAGAAAAAUAAAUACAAAAAAUGGGGGUCGAAGAAAAAUUCGAAACACAGGAAGGAUAGAGAGAUUUUGGAUGAAAAAAAUACUGAAAAGGAAAAGAUGGAGAUCCUGAAUGUCGAAAUUGAUGAAGAAGAAGGAGAUGAUGUUAAACAAGACAGUUGUGAAGCGAGAACUAAUGAUGAUGAUCCAUUGGGAAAGAAUUGCAGGCGUUGAUUUUUCGAUUUUUAUUCGAAAGUCUAAUUCAUUUUUUGUAGCUUCUUAUAAAUAAAAAAAAUGGAAGAAACAUUGUUAAAGUAUGUCAUUUCUAUUGUCAAUGACAUAUCAAUUCAUUAUUUGUGUCAUUUCAUCAUUUUUGUAGUUCGACGACUCAAGGGUAUUUUUCCAGGCGCUUUUAGUUGUUUCAUUAAAUUUGUUUAUUGCAAAAAUUGUGACGUCAACUUAAAGAAAUUUCUCCCCAAUUAAACUGAAUAAUUUUCAAUGAA